CUCGAGGUAUAGUAGAAAUAUUUCCAUCGGAGGAUAUAAACUUGUACUAUAAACCACCGAUAUCUAAAAAGGAAUCUCAAAAUAAAAAAUCGACAUCUGUACGAGGCAAACUCGUAGAUAAAUACCGAAAUAAGUUACAACAAAAUAAACGUAUACAAUAUUCUGGAACUAGUUCUACUGAUCACGAAAAUGAAAUCUCUAAUGAAGUUACGGAUGAAAUAUUGCAAGAAAGUUUGAAAUGGUUAGAAACUAACCAAGAACCAUGGGAGUUAGUUGAAAGUAAUUGGAAAGCUACAAUUUCUUUUCGUUUAAAUGACAUUCAAAAAAAUAGCAAUACCGUUUCCGACAUAUUUGCAAAAUGGCCAAUUUUAAAACAUCCAAUGGGAUGGUCAUUAAUAUAGUCCAGGAUUUCAAAUUCUUAGAACUAGACGCGAUAGAGGAUGCUAUUAAUCAAUGGCCUACGUUUUUUAAAAACGUGCAAAAAGUUUGUCCUCUUGACAAGAAAAAAAUUCUGCGAGUACAAGAACUAAUACAAAUAUUAGAAAGUGAUCAUAACGAUGCAGAAUCGAAAGCUAUUGCGCAGUUAUGUGCAUUAUCGUACAUGAUUCCUCCAAAAGGACGGGUUCGAACAAAAAAAGGUCAUUGGAAACCUUCAAUGAUCGAAUCUGAAGAAAGUCUCGUUAUCCAUGUCAAAAUUGCUGGAGACAUAAGUAAUGUUAUUCAGAAACGAAUUGAUACUAUGUAUCAAAUGAAUUUGACGAUUCAGCCGUAUAUAAUUAUUGUGGGACCUACUUUAACUGAAAUAUCAUCAUUGUUUAUAUCAGUAGAUAAAACUCUGUACAAGGUAUCAUCACCGUUUGAAGCAAUCGAUACUUGCUUCAAGAUCUUCCAUGUGUUAAAUGUUGCAUAUCCUGUGGCAAGUGACCAUAUAUGGCUAUUGAUUCAGCGUGAGUUAUAUCAUUUUAUUACAAAAACUGAUAAAAAUCUGUCAUAUAUUAUAGAAAUAAUAAGUGCGUUAAAAUCAUACCUCUGA